AUGGCAAAAAAAUAUGCAAUUGAAUCCUUUGACAGAGUACUUAGAGAUUUGCUGAAUUCUGAUCAAAUAUUUGGUGGAAAACUCAUUGUUUUCGGUGGAAAUUUUCAACAGACUUUACCAAUCGUCCACAAAGAUCAAAGAGAAGAUUACAUUUCUGCAUCUCUCAUCAACUCAUAUAUUUGGCCACACCUCCAAAAGAUUCGAUUGACUGAAAAUAUGAGAGCAAUUCUCGAUCCAUCAUUCUCAGAUUUUCUGCUCAAUAUUGGAAAUGGCACACAAGCAACCAUUGCAGAUGACAAGAUACAAUUGCCUUCUUCUAUAAUUGUCUCUUUCAUUAACGAUGAUCAACAAUCCUUGCACAUUUUGAUAGACACUGUUUAUCCAUCUCUAUCUAGCUUUUGCCCUCAUAAUUCAACUCUCAUUAACAGAGCCAUUCUCAGUACAACAAAUGAUAUUGUGCGCGAAAUCAAUCAAAUUUUGAUUCAGAAGUUCCCUGGAGAAGAAAUCAAAUAUAUCAGCUUCGAUGAGACAAUAGAUCCAACAAAACAAGCUGAUCACGGUGACUUCUUAAAUACUAUCCACCCCCCAGGAUUACCUCCGCAUUUGUUGAUUUUGAAACCAAAUUGCCCAGUUAUUCUCCUAAGAAAUCUGAAUCCAGCACAAGGACUAUGCAAUGGAACCCCCAUGAUAUGCUUAAAUUUUAACAAAAACAUCAUACAUGCACAGAUUUCGGUUGGAAUUCAUUCUGGUAAACAGGUUUUCAUUCCUCGCAUUCCAUUGCACAGUUCUAAUGAUGAGUCAUAUCCAAUACCUUUCAAGCGUACUCAGUUCCCAAUUUCAUUAUGUUUUGCCAUGACAAUUAAUAAAUCACAGGGACAAACACUUGAUUUUGUAGGAUUAUAUUUGAAAGAACCAGUAUUUUCACAUGGCCAAUUAUAUGUUGCAUUAUCAAGGGCCAGAACUGCUAAUGAUGUUAAAAUUUUACUCAGACGCAUUGCUUCUGAUUCUUUGUCCAGCAUGGAUGACAAAUGCACUCCUGUGAAUAGUUUGACAAAUAAAUCAAAGGUGGUUCUACUGGAGUUGAACUUGCUGCAGAAAUUGCUCCAAAAUGGAACAGAAGACAAUACUUUUCCCCAGUGGACCUUCUUUGGGAGAAGAAUUCAUCAUCCUCGUCGGAACCCAUGUUGUUUGCAGCACCAUUUCUGUAGUCUUGGUGGAAAUGGUGGUGCUGCUGCUAUUGACGUGGCAGCGGCGGCAACGGUUGGAGCUCCGGCGAGCCUAGCCGUUGAUACUGAAGUGAAGCUAAAACUAAAGCUGAAGGGACAGUAUUAUGGUGAUCUUCUGAGCUCUGAGGAACAUUAG